GGAAGCCACGCUGUCUCUCUCCUGUUCUCGCUCCCUGGAGGACUUUGCUCCAUUUUUAUUUAUAUUUUAUUUUGGCGAGGGCUGUUUAUUGGCAGCUCUCAGCCUCUCAGCACUUCCAGCGGUGAUAGAUGAGCCAGGUGGCAUGCUAUCGUCCCGUGGAGGGCGCCGGGAGAGAGUGAGGGAGAAGCGGAAUUGCUGCUCCAUCAUUUCUGGUUCAAUGAAAAAAAAUGACAGAGAAAUGGGCGCCACCAACGAAGAAGUAAUUGUCGCCACCAACGAAGAAGAAAUCAUCUCAAACUACAGAGAAACAGUAGAUGCAAGCAAUGAAAAAACUAGUAAAUGGAUGCCAACAACAAAGAAAAGCCGCCGCAAACAAAGAAUAGUUGCCACUAAUGAGGAACAAAAAGCUGCCGCCAACUAAGAAGACAUAGCCGUCACAAACCAAUAACAAAAUAGCCACCACUAAUAACGAACAGAUAGCCGCCACAAACCAAUAAGAAAUAAACGCUGCCACCAAUGAAGAAGAGAUAACUGCCACUAACAAUGAAUAAAUAUCCGCCACCAACAAAAAAGAAAGCCGCCACCAAUAAAGAAGCGAUAACUGCCACCAACAAUGAAGAAAUAGCCGCCACCAACAAAAAAGAAAGAGCCGCCACCAAUAAAGAAGAGAUAACUGCCACCAACAAUGAAGAAAUAACCGCCAUCAACAAAAAAGAAAGAGCCGCCACCAAUAAAGAAGAGAUAACUGCCACCAACAAUGAAGAAAUAGCCGCGACCAACAAAAAAGAGAGCCGCCACCAAUAAAGAAGAGAUAACUGCCAACAACAAAUACAACGUAGCCAUCACCAAUAAAAGAAUAGUUGCCACCAUCCAGGAAGAAAUAGCUGUCACAAACAAAAGAGAAAGAGCUGCCACCAAUAAAGAAGAGAUAACCGCCACCAACAAAAGAGAAUUAGACACCACCAAGAAAGGAGAAAGAGCCACCACAAAUAAAGAAGAGAUAACUGCCACCAACAAUGAAGAAAUAGCCGCCACCAACAAAAAAGAAAGAGCCGCCACCAAUACAGAAGAGAUAACUGCCACCAACAAUGAAGAAAUAGCCGCCACCAACAAAAAAGAGCCGCCACCAAUACAGAAGAGAUAACUGCCACCAACAAUAAAGAAAUAGCCGCCAGCAACAAAAAAGAAAGAGCCGCCACCAAUAAAGAAGAGAUAACUGCCACCAACAAUGAAGAAAUAGCCGCCACCAACAAAAAAGAGAGCCGCCACCAAUAAAGAAGAGAUAACUGCCAACAACAAAUACAACAUAGCCAUCACCAAUAAAAGAAUAGUUGCCACCAUCCAGGAAGAAAUAGCUGUCACAAACAAACGAGAAAGAGCUGCUACCAAUAAAGAAGAGAUAACCGCCACCAACAAUGAAUAAAAUGCACGCCACCAACAAAAGAGAAUUAGACACCACCAAGAAAGGAGAAACAGCUGCCACCAAUAAAAAAGAAAUAGCCACCAACAAAAAAGAAAUUGACGCCGCCACCGACGAUGAAGAAAUAGAUGCCACCGACAAAAAAGAAAUAGCUGUCGCAAACAACGGGUAAAUGAACGCCACCAACAAAGAAAACCUGCCGCAAACAAAGAAUAGUUGCCACCAUCGAAGAAAGAAAAUGCUGCCACCAACAAAGAAGACAUAGCCACCACUAAUAACGAACAGAUAGCUUUCACAAACCAAUAAGAAAUAAAGGCCACCAACAAAAAAUAGCUGUCGCCAACAAAGAAUAGUUGCCACCAUCCAAGAAGAAAUAGCUGCCACAAACGUAGAAGAAAUAGCUGUCACCAACAAAAGAGAAAGCUGCCACUAAUAAAGAAAAAAUGGAUGCCACCAACAAAGGAGAAUUAGACGCCACCAAGAAAGAAGAAACAGCUGCCACCAAUAGAAAUGAACGAGCCACCACCAACAAAAAAUAAAUUGACGCCGCCACAAAGGAUGAAGAAAUAGAUACCACAGACAAAAAAGAAAUAGCUGUCGCCAACAAACGGGUAAAUGGACGCCACCAACAAAGAAAACCUGCCGUAAACAAAGAAUAGUUGCCACCAUCGGAGAAAGAAAAUGCUGCCACCAAUGAAGAAGAAAUAACUGCCACCAACAAUGAAGAAAUAGCCGCCACCAACAGAAAAGAAAGAGCCGCCACCAAUAAAGAAGAGAUAACUGCCACCAACAAUGAAGAAAUAGCCGCCACCAACAAAAAAGAAAGAGCCGCCACCAAUGAAAAAGAAAUAACUGCCACCAACAAUGAAGAAAUAGCCGCCACCAACAAAAAAGAGCCGCCACCAAUAAAGAAGAUAUAACUGCCAACAACAAAUACAACAUAGCCAUCACCAAUAAAAGAAUAGUUGCCACCAUGCAAGAAGAAAUAGCUGUCACCAACAAAAAAGAAAGAGCCGCCACCAAUGAAGAAGAAAUAACUGCCACCAACAAUGAAGAAAUAGCCACCACCAACAAAAAAGAAAGAGCCGCCACCAAUGAAAAAGAAAUAACUGCCACCAACAAUGAAGAAAUAGCCGCCACCAACAAAAAAGAAAGAGCCGCCACCAAUAAAGAAGAGAUAACCGCCACCAACAAUGAAUAAAUAGCCGCCACCAACAAAAAAGAAAGAGCCGCCACCAAUGAAGCAGAUAUAACUGCCAACAACAAAUACAACAUAGCCAUCACCAAUAAAAUAAUAGUUGCCACCAUGCAAGAAGAAAUAGCUGUCACCAACAAAAAAGAAAGAGCCGCCACAAAUGAAGAAGAAAUAACUGCCACCAACAAUGAAGAAAUAGCCGCCACCAACAAAAAAGAAAGAGCCGCCACCAAUGAAGAAGAGAUAACCGCCACCAACAAUGAAGAAAUAGCCGCCAACAACAAAAAAGAAAGAGCCGCCACCAAUAAAGAAGAUAUAACUGCCAACAAGAAAUACAACAUAGCCAUCACAAAUAAAAGAAUAGUUGCCACCAUGCAAGAAGAAAUAGCUGUCACCAACAAAAGAGAAAGAGCUGCCACCAAUAAAGAAGAGAUAACUGCCACCAACAAUGAAGAAAUAGCUGCCACCAACAAAAAAGAAAGAGCCGCCACCAAUGAAGAAGAAAUAACUGCCACCAACAAUGAAGAAAUAGCCGCCACCAACAAAAAAGAAAGAGCCGCCACCAAUAAAGAAGAGAUAACUGCCACCAACAAUGAAGAAAUAGCCGCCACCAACAAAAAAGAGCCGCCACCAAUAAAGAAGAGAUAACUGCCACCAACAAUAAAAUAAUUUGCUGCUACCAAUGAAGAAGAAAUAGCCGCCACCAACAAAGUAGAAAUGUACGCCACCAAUGAAGAAGCCCCAGGGCUCAGAGGCCAGACAUUGAAAUGUGAAUGUUUCGUCAGGUUAUAUUCCUUUGAGACUGUAUUUACUUCAUUGCAGAGUAAACACAUCGGCUUUCUCACUGCACUGUUAAUACAUUCAUUAUUCUGCCCUCGCUACUCGUUUCCAGCGUGUGCAGAUAGACAGAUAGUUAACAGCAUGAAGAAACAGAAGCUCCAGAAGUUUUGUUGACGAUUGACGUUCCUUCUUUUGAAAUCUUUUCCUUCCUCGGUUUAAUUUCCUUACACUUCUUCCCUCAUUUAGGGUUGUAAGACUGAAAAUAUAAACAAUCACAAAAGUAUAACGUCCUUUGUGUAUUUUACACGUAUAACGUCCGUUGUGUAACUUACAUCAAUUACAUGGAAUGUUUAGUGUUAAUAUAUUCACACAAUGAACCACAAAUGUUUACAAUAUAGAAAUUACACAACAUUCACACACUAAACAUUGCACACAGUGUAUAGGAUUUAUCACAAUUACACCUUAAGUGUAGUGUUAUCGCCCUCUACUGGUCAAAUUUAGCGCUACAUGUGUUAAACGAGCUUUGACGAGUUACUCUCAGACAAAAAACAACAUGAGUCAACAAUUUCAACACAAAACAAAGUAAAUAUAUUUAUGCACAAAUUACAUCUACUUACAAAUGUUUGAGCCCUUGUUGCCGCUUGUCUGGAUCAAUGUGUCCGUCGCCUAAAAGGUCCGACAGGAAACAACGACUCGAGCACGAUAGAACAUUCAUACUUUCUUGUCCAGUCGUUAAAAGUCCGAUUUUUGCAAUUCAUUUAGAUGUUUUUUCCAGGGUUGAAGGGGUAGUGUUCUUCUACUCGCUGCUUCAUCGUCACACAUUUCUCACUGUUGCCCCCUGUGGGUGGCGGGAGUACUGCGUACAUGACCAACCCUAGUUUUAAUGGUUUCAUCGAGCCUUUUCGGGUGAUGUUCGGCGGUCCAAAUGAAAAGCCCCCACUCUUAAAAGUGCUACAAAUAACUGUAUAUUAUUUUCACUUUCAACGCUUAAAUCCCUUGAUCAACUUCAGAUCUAUUCGUUGAUGAGAAGUUUGUAUUAUUUUUUGAGCAAUGGCAGUUUCAAAGUAAAAAACUGCUGGCACGGCAGCUGUGUGUUAUUGGUGUCAAUAUUGCAACAUUUUCCUUGCACCUGUUCGCUCUUUUAUUUCACUGUUUAUGUCAUUUCUUGUAAAAGUAUUUGUAAAACGUGCCGCGAGUCUUUAAAAGAAUUUGCUGCGGGUUGCAAUUUGUACACCCCUUAAAUAAAACCGGAGAGUAACUUGAAAAUACCCUCUGAGUUUGUGCUUUUACUGCCAUCUAGUGUCUAUUUUGUUAGGUUUGUGUGCUAUAAAACAAG